AUGGAAUGCAACAAAGAUGAGGCCGUCCGGGCCAUGGAAAUUGCCGAGAAGAAGAUGGAGAAAACUGACUUUGAAGCUGCUCGUAGGAUGGCCCUCAAAGCAAAAAAUCUUUACCCGGAACUCGAAAACAUUAACCGGAUGCUAAGCAUAUGUGAUGUGCACUGUUCAGCUCAAAAGCGGCUAAUAGGCUCGGAAAAGGACUGGUAUGAAAUCCUUCAAGUUGAUAAACUGGCUGAUGUGUUAACAGUCAAGAAACAUUACCGCCGUUUGGCACUCAUCCUCCAUCCUGACAAGAACCGAUUUCCCGGUGCAGAGGGUGCUUUUAAGUUGAUUGGUGAGGCGAAUAUGAUUUUAUCGGAUCCUGUUAAGAAAUCUCUAUAUGACGGCAAGCUCAGAUCCUCGGCCAUUCUAUCUGCUCCAGCAAAUCCGCACCUGGACAAAAACCCGCCGGACAACAAACAAUACAGUGCUGGGAAUAACGUUUCUAAUGAUAACAGUGGUAUGGGCCAACAUCAAGCAAAUAAUUCAAACUCUUCUCCUAUAGCACAGGUGUUCUGGACGUGUUGCCCGUUCUGCAAGAAGAGAUAUCAAUACCCCAGACAAUAUGUCCAGAGAAACAUAAAGUGCCCCGGGUGCAAAAAGGUCUUCGUGGCCUAUGAGGUGACUGUUCCAGAUAACAGUGGUAUGGACCAACAUCAAGCAAAUAAUUCAAACUCUUCUCCCAUGGCACAGGUGUUCUGGACGUGUUGCCCGUUCUGCAAGAUGAGAUAUCAAUACCCCAGACAAUAUGUCCAGAGAAACAUAACCUGCCCCAGGUGCAAAAAGGUCUUCGUGGCCUAUGAGGUGACUGUUCCAGACAACUCAUCAAGUUCCAUAUCCAAAACACAGGGUGCUGCUAAAAAUGUGCACUCGAGACCUGACCCAAGUCGGCCGGUUGCUUUUCACGAAAAAUCUGUCCCGAAUACAGGAAAUUGUAAAAUGGGCUUUCAGAAAGACAAAGGGUCUCCAGACAACCCGUCAAGAACCAAAUCCAAAACACAGGGUUCUGCUCAAAAUGUGCACUCGAGACCUGACCCAAGUCGGCCGGCUGCUGUUCACGAAAAAUCCAUCCCGAAUACAGGAAAUUCAAAAAUGGGCUUUCAGAAAGACAAAGGGUCUCCAGCAUCCGAGGAACAAUCACAAGCGGCCGCCAGAAGAGAAAAUGUUAAGCCAGAAACGUAUGUCCAGAAGGGUACACCUUCAGAAGAUAUCAAGGUAGCAGGUGCCACCAGGAAUGUCAAAAUUUUGAAGGUGAAUGAAACAGAUAAUAGGGAUACGAGCUCUUUACAUCGUGACCAGGAAGUCGCAACAGCUAAUGGUGAUGCCAGUUACAAGGAAAUGCACGAUCCGAAAAACAAAAGCAGGAAGAGGGCCAGGAAGGAAUCUAGUGAGAGAUGUGAUGUCCCGAUAGAACCUGAUUUCAAAGAUUUGGCCAGUAAAGGCAGUGCUGAUGAGUUUGCAACUGAUUCCAAGUUUGAAACUGUUGAAGUGUGUCCCCCGCAUAAACCAUUAAAGAAGAAGCAACAUGUCUUGCAUAACGAGACCGAGGUCCAUGAUCAUACUGAUCCCCCUCUCAAUAAAUCACAGACUGCCAAAGAGAAUAAUGCAAGUGAAAAUCCCAAGAAGGUUCAUCGUAAUAGUUCUCCAGAUGUUGCAAGCUAUCGUCGUGAAGAAAUCUUGCGCGAUGAAGAAGAUGUGGAAUCAGUUGAAAAAACCAAGGUGGGAGAAGAAACCUGUGGAAAAUCAAACAACAGUUUUGAUGGAGUCGAGAUAGAAAGCGACUGGGAUGAAGAUUCCAGCGAUGUUGUGAAUAUAGAAUGUCCUGACCCGGAAUUUAGCGAUUUUGAUAAAGCGCGGGAGGAAAGCCAGUUUGAAGUCGGCCAACUCUGGGCCUGUUACGACACUUUGGACGAUUUGCCGAGAUUUUACGCCAAGGUGAAGAAAGUAUAUUAUUCCCCGUUCGAACUGAGCAUCACGUGGCUGGAGGCUGUGCCUAUAAACGAAUUGUAUGUGGAGUGGGUGGACCAGGAGUUGCCUGUCGGCUGUGGCAGUUUUAAACUCUGCCAUACCGAAAAAGCGGCUCGCCUAUCCUUCUCUCAUCGUGUUCAUGUUGAGAAAGGAAAGAAAAGAGGCUCUUUGUUGUUGUACCCAAGGGAAGGUGAGGUUUGGGCUAUCUUCAAGGAUUGGGACAUAAGCUGGAGUGCCGACCCGAACAAUCAUAAAAAAAUUUUCAAAUACGAGAUUGUUGAGGUUCUCUCGGAUUUCGUGGAGGGUUAUGGGAUAAAAGUUGGUUACUUGGACAAAAUUGAUGGAUUUGUGAGCCUUUUUCAGAGAGCUAGCCAAGAUGAGAAGGGCUUAUUUGUGAUAGUGCCCAGUGAGCUGUACAGGUUUUCCCACUGUGUUCCCUGUUUCAAGAUGACUGGCCUUGAAAGGGAAGGGGUGCCAAAAGGUGCCUUUGAACUCGACCCUGCUGCUUUACCUUUGAAUCCCGAUCACUUAUUUUACCCUGGCAAAGGAAAAGUUGUGCAUGGGGAAGAAGGCCCUGGAGUUCAUUGUAUGUCACCAAAAUUGGGUGAGAAAAGGGAAAGGGGUAAAUCCGUGUUAUCCGAGGGUACGAGUACUGAACCGAAAGAUUAUGUGGAUUUGGAAGAGAUUGAUCGGGAGAAGUUUGAGCUGCGGAGAUCAUCUUGA